AUGGCUGCUGUAUUUUUCCCAAGAACGUGUUUCAAAUGUGGUGAGGUCGGGCACCUUGCAGAAAACUGCCAACAAGAGCAAAAGCUUUGCUACAACUGUAGAGCCCCAGGACACGAAUCAAAUGACUGUCCAGAGCCAAAGCAAACUUCAUCAAAACAAUGUUACAACUGUAACGAAACCGGUCAUGUUCAAUCCGAGUGUGAACAGCCAAAGAAGGCUGCCAAGUGUUACUCAUGUGGUAAGUUGGGUCAUUUCUCUCGUCACUGCCCAAAUUCCUCUUCCGCUUCCUCUGCAGGCCCUGUGGCCUCUUCUUCCACCAUUUGCUACAAGUGUUCUGGACCUAACCACUUUGCUCGUGACUGUCAAGCUGGCUCUCCAAAAUGUUACGCUUGUGGAAAGCUAGGUCAUAUCUCCAAGGACUGUACCGUCUCCGGAGGUUCUACAAAAGCCUGUUACAACUGUGGUGAACAGGGUCACAUUUCCCGUGACUGCCCUCCAACUGCUGAGGCCAACUAA